UUCAUGUCAGGUGACACACUCGUUUUGUUACCUGUAAACCAACGCAUGGGGUCACGUGUGUAUAACGACCCUGUUUUGCAGACAAUGUAGGAUGUACCUAAACAGUGUGUCUAUCCAGAACACAGUUAUCCGUGAAUUUGAACUCUAAUCAGCUCUAAUCAGCCGAUAAUCCUAUCGGCGAUCACUUCACAGAUAUUGUCGUAAGCAUGCCAAGCCUUCGCGUGCAAAAGAACUCAAACUGAAGACCCGCUCGGAGACAACAUGUCAAAGUCAGCUAGAAUUUUGUUCUUUUUUAACAAACUUGCUCGAAAGAAACACAUCAAUCCAAGUGAAGAAACCUCAUUGGCCAGAGUUCUUACAACAUGUGAUCUGAUUGGUUUAGGUAUCGGGAGUACCCUGGGUGCAGGUAUCUACGUCGUAGCGGGGCAGGUAGCUCGUCAAACAGCAGGCCCUUCUGUUGUCCUGUCCUUUCUUAUAGCAGCUGUGGCAUCAGUUUUCGCAGGGAUAUGCUAUGCUGAGUUUGCUGCCCGGGUCCCGAAAGCAGGAUCAGCCUAUGUGUACAGCUAUGUUACUGUCGGGGAGCUGAUUGCCUUUGUCAUUGGCUGGAACCUGAUCCUGGAAUAUGUGAUAGGCACAGCGAGUGUGGCGCGAGCAUGGAGCUCCUAUUUCGACUCCCUCGUCGACAACAAAAUACAGGACUUCUUCAAGGAAAACAUGCCUAUGCACGUUUCAGGGUUGUCGGAAUACCCUGAUUUCUUCGCAUUCAGCAUCACCUUAGUUCUGACAGUCCUACUUGCUGUUGGUGUGAAGGAGUCGACGAUGUUCAACAACAUCUUCACCGUUGUCAACCUGCUGGUUGUUACCUAUGUCGUCGUGUGCGGGCUGUUCAAGGUUGAUGGUGACAACUGGUCAAAAUCGGAAUCAGAGGUUCCAAGUGAUGCGGGGACGGGGGGGUUUAUGCCCUUCGGCUUUUCAGGGAUGAUGUCCGGCGCAGCCACCUGCUUCUACGCCUUUGUCGGCUUCGACUGCGUAGCUACCACAGGUGAAGAGGCCAAGAACCCCCAGCGUGCGAUCCCCAUGAGCAUCGUGGUGUCCCUGUUGGCCAUCACCCUGGCGUACUGUAGCCUGUCCACGGUCCUUACCCUCCUCUGCCCCUACUACCUCCUCGACCCCAACGCUCCACUCCCCCUUGUGUUCGACCGGCUGGGCUGGGGGGUGGCCAAAUACAUCAUCGCCGUGGGGGCAAUCUGUGGACUCUCUACCAGUCUUCUCGGCGCCAUGUUUCCUCUACCCAGAAUCCUCUAUGCAAUGGGGAAUGAUGGCCUUCUGUUUCGGUUCCUUGGUAAAGUUAUCCCUCGUUUCCAGACCCCCGUGGUAGGGACGAUGAUCUCAGGUGUAUUUGCAGGUGCCAUGGCGAUGCUGUUCGACCUGAAGGAGUUGGUGGACAUGAUGUCGAUAGGCACACUGCUGGCCUACACCCUGGUGGCUGUCUGUGUUCUUAUACUCAGGUAUCAGACAGACGAAUACCUGACAGGUGAAGUGCCUGACCAGGCUAUUACCAGGAAGAUCUCGUCCCGGGACCUCUUCAGUCCACGGAGUAGCGACCCCACUAGCAUCUCAGGCAGCUUAACAUCGUACAGUGUAGGACUGCUUCUUCUUGCGAUCACUGCUUUGUGUGCCAUGUUAAUCUACGCGGAGCCGUACCUGGUAAAGCUUUCAUGGUGGGCAAUACUCCUGACAAUUGUGUUUGGCUCUGCUGUGCUGCUGGCUGUCAUCGUUGUCUGGAGACAACCACAGAAUAAAUCUAAACUAUGGUUUAAGGUUCCAGGCCUACCCUGGAUUCCUGCUCUGAGUGCCUUCAUCAACAUCUAUUUAAUGAUGAAACUCUCAGUCCCUACAUGGAUCAGAUUUGGAGUCUGGAUGGCUAUAGGAUUUUCCAUUUACUUCACCUACGGCAUCUGGCAGAGCAGCGGUUCCCUUAACCCCGAGCACAACAACCUUCCUGCCUCAAAGUUAGAACUCCUGAAAGAUGAUGAUGAUGAGGAUGUAUCAUUGAUACAGCGUCCUCAUGAACAGCUGUAUAGUGAUGAAGAAUCCGGGACGUAAUACAAAAUACUGCAUUUGCUCCACAAAGAGGGAGAAGUGGGGUGAUGAGCCACAAAAAUAGAAUUCUUGUUUUCUGGUGGCUGGACUGAUCCAUCCAAUAACUCGUUACCCUCAGAUAUUUAACAUUCAGCACUAGUUGUGCGACCUCAUCAAAACUUGCAUUAAACUAUAUGUUUAUUGUUUGUCCCCCAACUAACCAUAUCUUAUAUACCGGUACAUAUAUAUCUAACUUAUUUUUAUGACCUGAAACUGAAGUAUUUUAUGUUUGUUUUGUUCAAUAUGUCUCACCAUGUGUGUUAUACAGUGGUGUGAUGAUAAAAUGUGUUACAUAACACAUUUAGUGAAUGUGUUUAAUAAUGUGUUACAUUGCACAUUUGGUGAAUGUGUUAAGUAAUGUGUUACAUAACGCAUGGGAUGAAUGUGUUAAAUAAUGUGUCACACAACGCAUGGAUGAAUGUGUUAAAUAAUGUGUUACAUAACGCCUGUUGUAAAUAUGUUACAUACCCCUGUGGUGAAUGUGUUAAAUAAUGUGUUACUUAAUGCAUGUUGUGAAUGUGUUAAAUAAUGUGUUACAUAACACAUGUGAUGAAUGUGUUAGAUAAUGUGUUACACAAUGCAAGUGAAUGUGUUACAUGAUGUGUUACAUAACGCAUCUAGUGAACUUGUUAAAUAAUGUGUUACAUAACGCAUGUGAUGAAUGUGUUAAAUCACGUGUUACAUAAUGCAUGUGAUGACUGUGUUAAAUAAUGUAUUACAUAAUGCAUGUGGCGAAUUUGUGUUAUGCAAAGUGUUCAAUCUCAUUAAAAUCAGAUCUUAGUUCUCGCUACCGCUAAACAAAGAUCUGAGGACACCCUAUUACAGGUCACAUCGGACGUACCUUGCACGAACUUUGAUCGACCAACGAAACGACUGACAAGAAGUCGACAUUAGCCAAUCAGAAGGCAGCUUUCUCGUGCUUUACGGCACUUAUUUCAAAUUCGCGACUACGCCUCGAAACAUAUUUUGGCAAAUUCUAGAUUAAAAAAUUGAAACCUGAACUAAAGAACACUCUGGAAUGGCUGAUAGAUGGUCUAGAUUGUAUGGAUUCAGUUGUUAAACCCGUAACUAUU